AUGCUGGGAUCUCUAGACCUGGGAGAGAGCGCGAAGAGGGUCAAGCGUCUGGCAAAGAAGAUAGAGCUAGCCAUCUCAAAGGGAAGUUUCAGGGCGAUGUCGAUGCCGCCGCAGCGGCGGGGAGCCCCUGAGCAGCAUCUGGACAACUCGAUGGAAAGCGGGGGAGUCGGAGAAGAGUCAAGCAGGCAACUGGGGCAGGAAACCUUCCCGGGGAUCGAUAUAUGCAGUAGCAUGCGCACCCUCUGCAUACUCCUCCUUAUCCUUACUCCCAGGGACCUCAAGCGCGAGAAGCCUGACGAUCUCUACGAUUCCCUCGCCAAGUACAAGCUCGCAAAGCCAGACAGAGAAGAGGUUCCUCCGAGCCUCCUCUUCCUUCGUCAGGCUUCGAAGGGACCAAGGUUGCUUCCCCCUCCCUUCGACCUUCACGACCUCACUCAUCUACAGCACGAGACGCCCAAGUCAGCCAAGAACGAGAGGAAACGAAAUGGACCGUCGGGUGCCUCGAGACGGAGCGAGCCUCCUGAAUCUCGAGUACCCUUGUCCUCCAAAGCCAGCAACCUCUACACCGUCCGCGGACUCCUUGUGGGCUCCAACCCGCGGCUAGAGGAGUACGCGGUUCGCGGCCAGUUUGUCUUCAAGUUUCCCAACGGAGACUGUCUUGUCUGCCAGCAGGAGGACGACGGCGAUCGGAGCUUGAGAGGGUAUGUAUGCCCGUCAGGACUGGCAUCCCCUGACUUGCCUGCAGCACUUUCGCAUGAGGAGGAAGAGGAGGAGGAAGAGGAGGAGGAGGAAGAGGAGUUGGAGGGUGAGGAGCCCCAGUUGUCCAUCAUCCCCAGCAAGCUCGAAGCCGAUGAUGAUCCUGAACCGGACGUGUCGCCUCCUGGCACGCCCGUGCAGUCUGCUGUCAGAGGACAGACGUCGUACAAGGUGGACCCUCCCGACGUCCAGCGCUCUCGAGCAGUAUCAUCGAAGACGCUGUCGUACGUCUCCGAGCCAACGCCAUAGCCAACCAUGGAGAGGAUGGAGAGAACUCUCAUCCUUCGAUAGCAGAGAAGAAGCGGCAAGUGGAAGUUUCAAGACUGACUCAGCGCGCCAAC